AUAUAAAAAGCCAGAGAUUGCACUAGAAAUAAGCAGACAACACUUCCACCAUCACUUCUCUCGAAUUUAAGAAAAGCCAAAGAAGUAUCCAGCAUCAUGAGCACCAGAUGUCUCUCGGCCCUGCUGUUGUUCCUGAGCGCGCAGUUUCUCCUCAGCAACGUGUGGUGCACUCCCAUGUGCAACAACCAAUGCUGUCGCUUCGUGGAGAGCUUCCCCGGCAGGCUUCGGAGGCUGCGAGAAGACUACGUGCAGAUCAGGGAUUUUUACGAAGCAAACGAUGACCUGGACACCGCGCUGCUUGACCAGACUGUCGAGGAUUCUUUUAGAACGCCAUUUGCCUGCCACGCCAUGAAUAGCAUUCUGGACUUUUACCUGGCCACGGUUCUGCCGGCAGCCAUCGCGGGGGUGUCGGAUGACACGAGGGACUUGAAACCUUACGUGGAGUCCAUCCAGCUGAUAUUUGACGAGCUCAAGAGGGAUGUCACUCAAUGUCGGAAAUACUUUGCCUGCCAGAAGCAGUUUGACAUCAUCAAACUGAAUACGACGUACAGUCAGAUGCAAAACAAAGGCAUGUACAAAGCAAUGGGCGAGCUGGACGUGCUCUUUAACUACAUCGAAACAUAUCUGGCUUCGAAACGUCGCCGGCACCACGCCGUGCCCUCGUGAAAACCUUGCUGACUCUCAUCAAUGUGAACUUGCUCAUCUCAGGAAGAAGGGAUAAAUGUGUACAUUAAAAUUAUUUUUUUUACCUCUUGUGUGAAUGGCAACAAGUCUGUCCGACUGUAUGUGCCUAGAAAGAGUCUCUACUUUGGAAUCAUAUUGAGUCCAAUGUCUUGGCUGAAAUAUUUAUUGUUUGAAUGUACUUUUUUUCUAUUUAUUUUCAAUCUUUAUCAAAUAAAGGUUUUGCCAACA